AAGUAGGAAUCUGAAGCCAUAAAUUGCCAACACUAGCAGAUGACAUUAGCAUUGUCCCAAUUCUCCCCUCUAAAGUAUAUGCAAAACUGGGUGGGAACACAAGACAUGGCGUAGUGCUGAGUUCAUAAAGACACAACACUUCACCAAAUAAUAUUCAGCUCCCACUUCCAACUUCUCUUCAAUCAAUCACCCCUCUCUUUCUUUCUCCUUAUUUAAGCUCAACCCCUUCUCCCUCUCCCACAAAACUAUUCUCUACCAUGACCUUCCUCACGGAGGAUCCUCAUCAUGACCAUCAUCAUGAUCAUGACCACCCUGAAGAUGGUAACAUAGGAGAAUGGCUGUGUUUAGGCCUGAAAGGAGACGUUCCGGUGGAGGCAGAAGAAGAAGAAAAGUCGUCGAAGGGUCACCACCAGAGCAAGGUAUUCUCAUGCAACUUCUGCAUGAGAAAGUUUUACAGUUCACAAGCCUUAGGGGGUCACCAGAAUGCACACAAGAGGGAGAGAGAAGCAGCAAGAAGCUACCACCAGUCUCAUAGGAUGAUGAUGACAGCAAGAUCACCAAUGGGGUUCGCUUACACCUCUCUGGCAUCUAGGUCACUGGGAAUACAGCCUCACUCUCUUGUGCACAAACCAGGCAGAGAAAGGUCUGCUAUGGUGGGUAGAUUCAGUACUGAUGCCACCGUUAAUGGCGCUGGUGUGGCAUCGUGGACACCCUUUUUGCUUGAACAGGCCAUGGAUUUCUAUUGGCCGGGUAGCUUUCGGGUGGACUUGCCAAAACAAGAAUCAGAUGUUAAUAAGAUUGACUUAGAUCUUCGCCUCUGAUGCAACAUCACCGCUCUGAUUUCAUUUCAACCGCUACUACUGUUUUCUUCUUCGUUUCCCAAUGCUAUAUGAUGUCACUUCUGCCAAUAAGCUCCCAAGGCUACUAUCGUAAUUCACUACUUUUAAUUGGUUUCGCAAGAGAAACAACCUUGUCCAUGUCAUGUGUGUCACAACUCAAUGCUAAGUGUGUUUGUUUUCCUUUUCUUAAAAAUAUAUUUUUACUUUUUAAAAUUAA